ACCAAGACCCACCACAACCACAACCACCACCACACCACGACCUACAACAACAACCACACCACGACCAACAACCACGACCACCACAACCACCACACAAAGACCAACCACAACCACCACUACACCACGACCAACAACAACUACAACCACCACCACACCACGACCAACAACCACGACCACCACAACUACCACACCAAGACCCACCACCACCACCACACCACGACCAACAACAACAACAACAACCACACCACGCCCAACAACAACGACUACCACCACCACACCAAGACCAACCACAACCACAACCACCACACCACGACCAACAACAACAACCACCACCACCACAACCACCACCAAACCCCCACCACCACCAACAUUUACCGUCAUGAUUUCCAUUAACAACGACGAGAGGUAUUGUGGUGGAUCCCUGAUUAAGAAAGACAGAGUGCUGACUACUCAGAAAUGCUGCAUUGGAGCGGAAACAUUCAGCAUCUUCAUUGGCGGUAUUGACGAACCCAGACGGCCGAUCGGCAAGUCCAGUAAAUGCAAAAAUCACGAUAGUAGUAACAUCGACGACGGUGUCUGCGUUAUUCACCUGGACGCUCCAGUUUCUGGC